AGUGUCAAGAAUUGAACGCACUGCACUCGCAAUCAGUAGACGGUGCCUCUAUCAAAAUACCUGACAGAUUGACAUCGCCUCCCGAACCUCCUGAAGGUUCGGAGUUUAUCAUCAAAGCUCUCGCCGAUGCUGCUUCCGAGUUUGCUGCCUCGUUCACGGCUGAAAUGGCAACCGUCGGCGACUUGACAUCCACUGUCGACACGGAGGAUGCAGAAGAGCUUAUCAUACAGCUUCUGCGAAGCAAGCAAUCAGCUCUUUCUGAGUACGAACUAUAUAGCCUCGCCUACCGCUUAGCACUCAGGCAUUCCCUCGAUCACCGCGUAUUUCUCAGCUACAUCGAUUGCGGCGCUUUAACGACUGAUCAAAAAUACUCACUUAGUUUUGCCCUGAAUCUUUCCCGCGAGGAACACGCGAGUCUUUGGAAUUCUUUGCUUCGUUCCGAUUUACUGGGACCGACGGAAAUGUAUCAAAGAAACCUGGCACAGCCAUUUUCAUUGCAGCGUCUAUAUUCAUCCAAGGUUCAAGGACACGCGACAUUUUUUACGUAUCUACAAAUGGCCCUCCAGGACUUCACUAGAAAAGUGUUACUUCUGAAGACCGACGACCGAUUUGUACUCGCCGUGUUCAUAAGGGGAAUGUUUCCAUGGGACGAAGACCCGGAAGUCAACGAGAACGUGGUUGUCUGCUCGUUUUUACCCCACACAUCAGGGAAUUUUUCAUCCUAUCGACCGUGUACCUCUGGGUAUCGGCUGUAUUGCAGUUCUACGAACUUACAGCUCUAUAACAAGCAUAGAGCAGACUCAUUUGUGUUUCUAACACGUCCUCCGAAAGCAUCAGGAGCCGAAGUGGCUAUGAGUGUCGCCCUGCAGAAAAUAUCCAACAAAGUUCGGCAGAAUGUCGGUAGAGUCCAUCGAGAACCAAUCACUGGAAUCGAGCUGCACGUCGUUUCAAAUCGGGACCGUAUUUCUCAUCAGUUGUUCGAUUUGUGGUUUGAACAUGUUCCUACGGAAACUCGCGUGCGACGCUUCGAUCGUGAAAUUCGUUCGUACACUCUCAAUGAUCUUUCAGCAAUUGACUGGAGUUCCACCGAGGAACCGCAACCGCGGCACAUCAGAGAUCUAUUCCAGAAAAAGCUAAUGGUCAAUGAGUUCACGAGUCGGCUGUCGGAUACGACACCGGAGCAGUGGAGAGACAUCGUCCAGUUUGCUUUAAUGUACCAUGCGGAGGAAGAAGUGUUCUGGAUCUUUGCCUUUGUCAUUUCCCAGCCGCUACCCCUUCGACGCGAAAGCGUGAUGGGUUUGAUGGAGUCGCAUCCACCAUUGGUUUUCAGCUUACUGAAGAAAUACCCACCCGACGAGACCGAAAACGUAUUACUGCCAGAAACAAAGGCUUUCGAACGGUCUAUCCUUCACAACCUUAUCCGAUCCGCCAAUGGCCUAAGCUUGGCUACCCUAGUUGCUUUGGAGAAGCUCUCGGGAACCAUCGCGCAUUUAUCCGCCGACGUGUACUUUGAUCUCUUGAUGCAAACAGCGCUAUCCGUUCGUGCACCUCAAGUCGUCCAAGAGGUCCUAUUUGUUCUCAAUGAUAGCCGUGCGACUCUGCCGGACAUCCCACCGGAGCAAAAAUAUGGGAACAAAUUCGCACUUGGUAUCGCUUUCGACAGAGCCGAAGAAGCUGCCGACGAAUGCCCUUGCAACGAAGAUGGACGACCGAGAAAGCAGCGGACAGCUCCCGUCAAAACAACGAUGCAGCCGGUCCCUGAAAAUCCGCUUCAGGUCAAAGUACCCAUCCGGGUUGAUUCCCGAACACCUAUACGCCUUCAUUCCCAUGUGAGACUUCAGGCUGUUUCGGAGGCUGAGAAGACAGCCACGGUCGAGGUGCCAGUGCUCGAUGGUGUAGUCGUGCAAUCUAUGAAGGGUGAAAUGACGAUCGAGUUGCAACACCCUCCCCCACCGGAAAUGGAGAGGAUGGACUGGAAUAUGUAUAAUGCAGGCAGUAUAGCGACUUCGAAGGCGAUGAUGGACGCCCUCAUACGAUUACUGAUGGAGAAGGAUGAGUGCUGCCGGUAUCACCAUCUCAUUACAGGCGAAGCAUCCAGCGAAGCAUUCCCUGCGGUUAUCCCUGGCCCCGUUGCAGAAUUCACAUAUGGACAGGAUCUGAACGAGAGCCAGAUUGAGGCAAUCAAGUCAUGCGAGGCGCCUUUAUCUCUAAUCUGGGGACCUCCAGGUACCGGUAAAACCACCGUAGUAGUGCAGAUACUCCUCAAACUCCUACAAAGUUCCCAAGAGAAGCCGAAGAUCUUGAUGACGGCAUCGACUCAUAAUGCUGUGGAUAACGUCUUAGAGAGAUUCGUCAAGGAAAACAAUGAGGGUCAUUACCUCCGAGACGAACAGAUCCUCCGCGUCGCCACGGAUGUAUCCAAAGUUAACAAGGAUCUACAAGGUUUCACGAUCGAUGCACGCGUCGGUGGCGACAUGAAUGAGAAUAACAGGCUGUUCAAACAGGCGCAGAAGCGGCUUGAAGAUGCAACUCUAGUAUUCACGACAUGCGCAGGUGCCGGCCUUGGCAUCCUACGUAAAUCUGAUUUUGAUAUCGCCCUCAUCGAUGAAGCAUCUCAGAUAACAGAGCCCUGCGCCCUCAUCCCGCUCGUCAAAGGAACCCAGCGCGCGAUUCUAGUCGGUGAUCAGUAAGAUUCGAGACUGUAGAAACGAAGCACUACUGACUUAGCAUCCUGCAGUGUCCAGCUACGCCCGACAGUCAAGAAGCUAGGUAAAGCUCUCGAAUUCGACGUAUCCUUACUUGAGCGUCUAUACACCGGCGAUGACAGACCUGGGAUAUCUAAAACGAUGCUUGAUGUAAGUUCCAUAGAGCAGUGAGGACGCCAGUGGCUUACAG